AUGGUUUGUCGUCGAUUUCGAAAACUUAUCCUGAACGAAUGGUUUCUUAAGAAGUAUUUUGUUGAACAUCCAAAACUUUUUGAAAACCUGAUAGUUUAUUACAAUUUUUCAAAUGUCGCUCUAGGUCAAAAUCCAUUUUGUAACUCAAUUAAAAGACUAAAACGUGGUCAAUGUGAUAACUGUAUCAAUAACCAGAGCGAAAUAAUAAUUGAGAAAGAUUCUUCUUUUGGUUAUAGUUUAAAAACUGCUGGUGAUUUCGUCAAGAUUCGCAAUGAUUAUGACCUUUUUCGGAGUCGAACGAUACUUGAAACUUGUUCCUUCUCAUUUUUCUUCUUUUUAUGCAAGCGACCAUCGAGCAAAGAUAAUAGUUGGCUAACGGUUACUUUGGAUUUAAUAGAAGAUAGACCUCGACGGAGUAGACCUAUUACUAUUUAUGUGAACGCAGAACAACAUUUAGAAUUUUCUGUCAACUACGCCUGUUGUAUUCAAACCCAACACUCGAAUUCGCCGAAAUUGCAAUUUGACAUGUGGCACCACAUUACAGUUCUAAUCGCUCAAACGUCACCCGACGAUACAUCAAUAGAACUGUACUUAAACAGUCAAAAGCUGGCAGAUUAUAAGCUUUCGAAACGUUUCCGCCCACCAUAUCAUGAUAUUAGUAUUGAAGCAUCCGUUAGGGACACUCGUCUAGCUGAAAUAUGUAUUUGGAAACGGAACCUUACGGUUAAAGAAAUUAAAACAAUUUUUGAACAACAGACAACUUUAAAGAGAGUCGAUUUUGUAACGGAUAUUUUGAGUAGAAUCCGAUAUUGA